AUGCAUUUCUUGCAGUUUGCAAUUAAGGUCAAGCUCGACGUUACCAGUUGGGGGUGUCUGCCUCUACAGUCUGACCCUCUACAGUCUGACCCUCCACAGUCUGACCCUCUACAGUCUGACCCUCUACAGUCUGACCCUCCACAGUCUGACCCUCUACAGUCUGACCCUCCACAGUCUGACCCUCUACAGUCUGACCCUCUACAGUCUGACCCUCUACAGUCUGACCCUCCACAGUCUGACCGUCCACAGUCUGACCCUCCACAGUCUGACCCUCCACAGUCUGACCCUCUACAGUCUGACCCUCCACAGUCUGACCCUCUACAGUCUGACCCUCCACAGUCUGACCCUUCACAGUCUGACCCUCUACAAUCUGACCCUCCACAGUCUGACCCUCUACAGUCUGACCCUCCACAGUCUGACCCUCCAAAGUCUGACCCUCCACAGUCUGACCCUCUACAGUCUGACCCUCUACAGUCUGAUUCUCAACAGUCUGACCCUCCACAGUCUGACCCUCCAGAGUCUGACCCUCCACAGUCUGACCCUCUACAGUCGAACCCUCUACAGUCUGACCCUCCACAGUCUGACCCUCCACAGUCUGACCCUCUACAGUCUGACCCUCCACAGUCUGACCCUCCACAGUCUGACCCUCUACAGUCUGACCCUCCACAGUCUGACCCUCUACAGUCUGACCCUCCACAGUCUGACCCUUCACAGUCUGACCCUCUACAGUCUGACCCUCUACAGUCUGACCCUCCACAGUCUGACCCUUCACAGUCUGACCCUCCACAGUCUGAACCUCCAUAG